ACUAGGCGGCAAGAGGCUGGGGCUACAGGGAAAUGAGCUUUCUUCCGAGGUUCCCGCCCUCAUCUUUCCCCAUCCUUCCCCUUCGCAUCGCAGCUCCCCUCUGGCUUACCCUGUAACUCUCCCGGACUCGCUUCACCGCCCUCUCCCGCCCCCCGCUCCACAGCAUCGCAACCCUGGCUCACGUCAAACCACUAACCCAGAGGGUGAUUUAUUGAGCACCACCCCUCCCCCAACUUUAUCUUUCUUCCACUGUCCUCAACCCCCCCCCCCCCCGCCAUACACAAAGGGAAGAUAAUUAUGCUGGGGGAGGGGGAUGCUGUUACCUCCAUUCCCUUCCUCGCACUUAGAGUUCAUUUGUACCUUUUUAUUCUUUUGACUAUUCUUUCCGAGAGCUGUCCUCUUAGUGACGAAUAACAGCCUGCUUCUGUGCACUGGGAUGGAUGGAACCUUCAGUAACUUGACUGGUGGUCAGCCGGCAGCGAGGGUGAGGACUCCAGCUGUUCCAGCUGCAACAAAUUCCUGAAGACAAAUCAGAGAGGAGGAGAUAGGUGGAGAAGCAGCUUUUCAUAUAGGUUGGUUAUGAUAAAAGGAAGAUGUUGGCCAGAAAAAGCAUUAUUCCAGAAGAAUAUGUGCUGGCCCGGAUUGCUGCUGAGAACCUGCGCAAGCCACGCAUCAGAGACAGGCUUCCUAGAGCUCGUUUUAUCGCCAAGAGUGGGGCCUGUAACCUGGCCCAUAAGAAUAUUCGGGAACAAGGGCGCUUCCUCCAAGACAUCUUCACUACCUUGGUGGACCUGAAAUGGCGCCACACACUGGUGAUUUUCACCAUGUCCUUCCUCUGCAGCUGGCUGCUCUUUGCCAUCAUGUGGUGGCUGGUGGCUUUUGCCCAUGGUGACAUUCAUGCUUACAUGGAGAAAAGUGGUAUGGAGAAAAGUGGCGUGGAUUCCAGUGCUUGUGUGACUAAUGUCAGGUCUUUCACUUCUGCUUUCCUCUUCUCCAUUGAGGUUCAAGUGACAAUUGGAUUUGGUGGGAGAAUGAUGACAGAGGAGUGCCCCUUGGCUAUCACAGUUUUGAUUCUUCAGAACAUUGUGGGGUUAAUUAUCAAUGCAAUCAUGCUGGGUUGUAUCUUCAUGAAGACAGCUCAAGCUCACAGACGGGCCGAGACCUUGAUUUUCAGCCGGCAUGCAGUAAUUGCUGUACGAAAUGGCCGACUGUGUUUCAUGUUCCGGGUAGGUGAUUUAAGGAAAAGCAUGAUCAUUAGCGCCUCUGUACGAAUCCAGGUUGUCAAGAAAACAACCACCCCCGAAGGGGAGGUAGUGCCUAUUCAUCAACUUGAUAUCCCUGUUGACAAUCCCAUAGAAAGUAACAAUAUUUUUCUGGUGGCCCCUUUGAUCAUCUGCCAUGUAAUUGAUAAGCGUAGCCCCUUGUAUGAGAUCUCAGCCACUGACUUAGCCACCCAAGACUUAGAGGUCAUAGUUAUCUUGGAAGGAGUGGUUGAAACUACAGGUAUCACCACUCAGGCUCGAACCUCUUACAUUGCGGAGGAAAUCCAGUGGGGUCACCGCUUUGUAUCUAUUGUAACAGAAGAAGAAGGUGUAUACUCCGUGGACUACUCCAAGUUUGGCAAUACAGUCAAAGUGGCUGCUCCCAGGUGUAGUGCCAGGGAAUUAGAUGAAAAGCCUUCAAUACUUAUUCAAACACUUCAGAAGAGUGAGCUGUCCCAUCAGAACUCUCUGAGAAAGCGCAAUUCCAUGAGAAGGAACAAUUCUAUGAGGAGGAACAAUUCCAUGAGAAGGAACAACUCUUCUCUGAUCGUGCCAAAGGUACAGUUUAUCACCCCAGAGGGAAAUCAGAACACAACUGAAACGUGACCUUGGAUCAAUACAAAUUUAAUCUCUUGACAAGUCAUUGAGGCCCACAUCAGGUUCUCACUGUGGACUACAAUCCAGGACUGCAAAGGCAAUUACUUGUUCUACAGCUUUGUCAAUGCACUAAAUUGUACUCCUAUCAAUACAGCAACACUUGAUAUUAUCAAUAAACAAUAGCACCCAGAGCAAAGACAUCACCAUUCACACUUGUCUUAUAAAUUCGGUUUUUGUAGCUAAAAUUUUUGAGUUGUCAAAGAAAUGAAAUAUUCUUAUUCCUAAAGGUGGAAGAUGUUUUCUCAAAAUGAAUUAAAGUUGCCCUUAAAUAUGUU